AUGUCAUUAUUGGUUUGUCUCUAAUUGGUCAUUUUUAAUUUCAAUGCAUGUGGUGGAAAUGGCCUGAUUGGGCGAGCUUUAAAAACGAAGUUACUAGCAAAGGGCAUUAAUGUCCGAAUAAUCUUACGUAAUCCAAGACGCAGUCAAGAUUUAUCCUGGAAAACUGUCGAGUCGUCUGGUCUUCCGGAAGAUACUCAUGCUGUUAUAAAUUUAUCGGGUCGAAGCAUCGGUGAAAUCAAUCCCAAGUUCCUUUUCUCUAAUAGGGCUUAUAACGAAUUUUUAGAAGAAGUUCGCAGCAGUCGCAUAGAGACGACUAAAACUUUAGUCCAGUCUCUUUCAAAGUCAACAAAGCAUUUUAUCAACUCUUCAGCUAUCGGAUUUUAUAAACCCGACUUGUCUCGUAGUUAUUGUGAGAAAGAUGGGUAUGAGGAAUCUGGUUUCCUCUCUCGUCUCGUUCACGAUUGGGAAGCGGCUUGUUCUGGCUCACAACUUGAUGGUAUUCGACGCGUUUUUGUUAGAACUGGGAUCGCCUUAUCAAAUGAUGGAGGUGCUCUGGCAAAUAUGUACACUUCUCAUCGUCUCGGCUUGGCUGGCCCCAUUGGUGAUGGAAAGCAGUGGUUCUCUUGGAUUCACAUUGAUGAUCUUGUCAAUAUUUUCUGUUUCUUACUAACAGACCCUUCUGGUCAAAAGUUGGAUGGUCCAGUUAACGCCACGGCUCCAAAUCCUGUCCGCCAAGGAGCCUUUUCCAGAGCUCUUUGUCAGUCUCUGGGAGCACCAUCUUUCGGUGGGCGCAUUCCAACUCCUGCGUUUGUUGUGAAAGCUAUGCUCGGGGCACAUCGAGCCCCUUUGCUACUUGAAGGCCAACGUGUCCUUCCUGUUAAGGUCACUGCUGCAGGAUUUCGAUUCCAGUACCCAACUCUUGAAUCUGCUUUUGAAAAUCUGUAUGGAAGGAAACUUCCUCCAGUGCCAACUGACUAG